GUGUGUGUGUUGUGUGUGUUGUGUGUAUGUACGUACAGCAGCACUCCAUUGCUUUCUCUCUACACACAUACACACGCGCGAUAGUCGCUUUCGGUGCACGCGACGACGACGACGACAAAACUGCAGCAGCAGUGCACGUUCAGCUGCUAUAUAGGAGCGCAGUGACAGUCGCCAAUGCUGUCGCGCGCGUCGGUGCAGGCUUAAAGAAGUGCGCGAGGAAACCUCUCGCGGGCAGGCAGCACUGUACUACACGCGGCUGCUCUGCAGCCGUAUUAUAAUAAUAUAAGGAAAAGAGAGUAUAUAAGCGCGAGCGAGCUCUCGAACGUUUUGUAAACAUCGUAGUAGUACUUUUUACGUGUGCCCUCGUCUGUCUUUGUGAACGCGCGACGACGACGACGACGACGACGACGUUUACAUAGAGGCGCAGAUUGCGCUACAUAAUAGACACACGGCAGCUGUCCGAUAUCAUAAACGUGCGCGUGUGGUUGUGGUUGUUGUUGUUGUUGUUGUUGUUGUUUUUUAAAUGUUUCGUUGUGCAGCACAAAUAUCGUCGUUAUUCAUUUCGAUGUGUAUAAGGAAGCGAUAGAGAUGACGUCGAGGGAAAGACAAACGUGCAGCGCGUAUGGAAUUUUCACUUUCUCUUAAUACUGUAUCGUUGUUUCACCCGAGAGCGAUGAGUUACCCUGACUCGAACUUCGUGGGCGAUCUGCUGCAAAAUACCGGCUACUGGAAGGUCAAGCGCCUGAGUCUGGCCGAGCUCAUCGACAAGGAGUUCAUCGCGAAGUUCGUUAAGGAAGGCGAAGUGACUCUGCUGUCGGUCGGCGCGAGGAUCGACACCGACGAUGUAGUCGCCGUGACGCCGAGCGGCUUCCUGGUGCUGAAUCUACUGCGCUCGACCUACCAGGCCAGCGGCCUCGAGGGCAAGCCCAGCUACUUCGAACGCUCCAAGAAGGAAGCCACUCGUUUCGUCGUGACAAUCGAUCUGAACGACGAGAAAUUGACGCCCGGCAAAAAAUACUACGACAGAGUACACAGGGCUCUGAGCAAGCUCGAGUUCGACGUUCUGCUGGCCUGGGAUCCCUUGGAUCCGAUGGUGUCCCACUUGUCGAUAAUGUUGUGGCUGGUCAGACGGAAGUACAAAGCCAGGCACAUUGAGCAGACUGUGCGUCAAAAGAAAUUGACGGAUCUCGACGUACCUGCCAUAGGAGACGAAACGGUUUCUCCGGCUUUCUUCGAGUGGCUGGGAAUGAUCAGUAUUGGUGGUGUUUUGGAGAGCCACGACACAGACGGAGAGUAUCUGAGUUCCUACAGCUGCCCCGUCCCGAGCACCAGAGCCGACUGCCUGUACUUGCAGAUAAGAGGCUUCCUGACGCGCAAACGGAUGGAGCGGAUCUUCAAGCUUCAUCAGGAAUUUUACGCCGCGGAGCGAGCCAAGAUCGGCGCCGACAAUUCGUGGUUCGCCGCGGACGUGCAGGGCUUCGCCGACAGCCCCGUGAGCUGGGCCCUGAACGAGCACUCGUUCUACGUCGACGGCGACAACAGCUACACCGUCGUCUCGGCGGGCGACAAAUUUUUCACGCGCAAGAGCUGGAGCUCGAACAGCAUGCCGAAAAUCAAGCAAUAACGAUCAUUUUCGCCCGAACGAUCCAUUAAUUGUAAUUCAAAUUAGGAUAGUCGAUUUUGUAAGAUAUACAUUAAGUUUGUAACAUCGUAAAUAUUAGUUAUUUUUUCACUGUUUGAGAAGAAAUCAUGAACUGAAAGGCUGCAUUGAUUAUACAUACACGCGAUGACAACCACAACUUUUUACUCUUUUCUUUUUUCGUGUACACUGAGAAUUGUACAUUGUUGAUGAUUGUUGAUAGAUCUUUUUUUUCAUUGUGGCUGUGUUGAAAAAUAAAAAUAUUUUACUAUACUUGAAA